UCUCACUUUUGGACAGUAAGGUGAAAAUGAAGAAUCAGAUGAGGCUGUUCGUGUUUCUUGCUCUGGUUGCCUUGCUGGUCAGGGCUCAGACACCUGCUGAACCCAACUAUGAAGAUUUCUUCUUCAACCUCAAAUUUCCUCUGGACAACUACCGUCCACUUCUGAAUCAAGUGCAAGUUGAAACUUUGCCCCCUGAGGAGGUCGACCAGUCUGCACUGUCAGUCAGGAGUCUGACAUUUCCUGCACAAGAGACGGAGUGUAGCUCCAUACAGGAACAAGGCAGCCCAUGCCCUCUGAAGGAAAAUGGGAAACUGAUGCUGUGCAACGCAAAAGUUACCUACCCAGUGCAAGAGCCCAGUGACAUCAGAGCCUUUGAAAUCAGAUGUGACAUGGCCACAGAGGAAGCCUUGCAGGGAAGGGUCAGAACAAGAAGAAGCAGGGCUGGUCGUGGCUCGGGGCGAGGAAGAGGCAGCAGCAGCUCGGGGCGAGGAAGAGGCAGCAGCAGCUCAGGGCGAGGAAGAGGCAGCAGCAGCUCAGGGCGAGGAGGAGGCAGCAGGGGAAGUCGUGCAGGACGAGGAUCCUCGAUCGCUGGUGGUGGAAACAGAAAUAACGGUGGAACUCGGACAGCAUAAAAUUAGUAGUAACGGCAGAACCAUUUCUGUGAGAAAAAGGUCACACAUUUCCUGCAAACAUUCAGAUUACAUUUUGUGUUUCUGUUUUGCAUAAUGAACUCCACUUAAUUAACUUUUUGAACUUGUGUCUGCAAAUACACUGUUGGCCUGUGUGUACUGUAAAUUAUUUUUAUUAUGCAAGCUUGUUGAAUUGAAAGCAUGAUACAGUAAUUUCUUUUACACUUAAAACAUAUAUAUUAUGUAAACCUUUGGUCCAAAAAUAAAGGAGAGAAUCUUUGCAUCUGUA